GCAUCAUUCCUCCAGUCCUUCCUCUGCGCACUUUCCAGGUUUUCAAUCUAAGUGGAGCAAGUUCCCAAACUCCGUGCAAACUCUUAAUCCGAGACGGAAAUGUUUUGCAAAUAGAUCUUCGCACAGCAGAGGAAACUUUCACUAUGUUGCUGCCCUGCAGACGCACCUCCAGGUUUGUCCUCACUUCACUCGGUCGUCGGCUCUCCAGAUCUUAUUUCCAUGUUUUGGGUCGAUCGAGAUGUAACGUAGCGGCGUUCAUGCCGGAGGCUGCGGGCUUUGAAGGCGUGUGGGACCGCUCAGCUCUGCAGGACUUCUCCGUGUCAAACAGUGAGAGCUUCUGGGCCGCUGCUGCGCGUCAGAGACUGAGCUGGAUGAGUCCUUUCCACACGGUGCAGGACUGCGACCUGAGCCGGGGCAAGAUCAAGUGGUUUGAGGGAGGACUGCUGAAUGUGUCCGUGAACUGCUUGGACCGCCAUGUGCACACCUGUCCUGAGAGGGUGGCCCUGAUCUGGGAGAGAGAUGAGCCGGGGUCAGAGGUCAAGAUAACCUACAGGAAGUUGCUGGAGAUGACCUGUCGCCUGGGCAACCUGUUGAGGCGGCGUGGCGUGAGGAGAGGGGAUUGUGUUACCAUCUACAUGCCUCCCUGUCCUCUGGCUGUGGCGUCCAUGUUGGCCUGUGCCCGUAUUGGCGCAGCACACAACGUUGUGUUUGCAGGGUUCAGUGCUGAGGCCCUCGCAGAGCGGAUCAGAGAUGCCGAGUCCAGCACUGUCAUCACGGUGAACCAAGGCGUCCGGGGAGGUAAGGUCAUCGAGCUGAAGAAGACGGUAGAUACGGCCGUUGAAAGCUGCCCGACUGUACAGCAGGUGUUUGUUGCCAUGAGAACAGAGAAUCCGGUUGCCAUGACAGCCAGGGACGUUGCCAUGGAGGAGGAGAUGCUGAAGGAGGACGUGGUGUGUGAGCCAGCUGCCAUGCACAGUGAGGACGUCUUGUUCCUGCUUUACACAUCAGGCAGCACAGGGAAGCCCAAAGGACUCGUCCACACUCAGGCUGGAUACCUGCUGUACGCUGCACUCACACACAGGUAUGUCUUCAGCUACCAUGAUGGAGAUGUGUUUGGCUGUGUGGCAGACAUUGGUUGGAUUACCGGACACAGUUACACUGUCUACGGGCCGCUGGCCAACGGGGGAACCACUGUCCUGUUUGAGAGCACUCCCAUUUACCCUGACCCAGGAAGGUACUGGGAGAUGGUGCAGAGACUUAAAAUAAACCAGUUUUACGGAGCUCCCACAGCGCUCCGCCUGCUGCUCAAGUACGGGGACCAGUGGGUGCACAAAUAUGACCGCUCUACCCUGAAAACCCUCGGCUCUGUUGGCGAGCCCAUCAACACUGAAGCGUGGGAGUGGUAUCACAGAGUGGUUGGGGACGGACGCUGUCCUGUGGUGGACACCUGGUGGCAAACGGAGACAGGUGGCAUCUGCAUCACCCCAAGGCCAUCAGACCCAGACGCAGAGAUUGUCCCAGGAAUGGCUAUGAGACCUUUCUUUGGCAUUAAGCCCGUGCUUAUGGACACUGAGGGAAAAGUGCUGACUUCCAACCACACAUCUGGAGCUCUGUGUAUAGCUCAGCCUUGGCCUGGUAUGGCCCGAACCAUUCAUAACCACCACCAGAGAUUCAUUGAGACCUACUGUCUGCCUCAUCCUGGUUAUUUCUUUACUGGCGAUGGCGCCUAUCGCUCCAAGGAGGGGUAUUACCAGAUCACUGGCCGCCUCGAUGAUGUCAUCAAUGUGAGCGGUCACAGGAUUGGGACUGCAGAGAUAGAGAAUGUGGUGAAUCAAUGCUCCGCGGUGGCUGAAUCUGCCGUCAUCGGAUACUCACAUGACAUUAAAGGACAAGGUGUGUAUGCCUUUGUGGUGCUAAAAAAGGACGUGGAUGUUCAAGAGGCGGACCUGUCUCGGCAGCUCAAUGCUGCCGUAUCUAAAAAGAUCGCCAAGUACGCCUGUCCCGACGCCAUUCAGUUUGCCCGGCGGCUGCCGAAGACACGCUCAGGUAAGAUAAUGCGCCGGGUGCUGCGGAAAGUGGUGGAGCGAGACGUGAACGAAUUGGGUGACCUGAGCACGCUGGAUGAUCCUGCAGCAGUUCAAGAGAUCAUUAAAGGUCACCGUGAGCUCUGUAGUAAACAACAACCAUGAUGAUGUGUUUACUGAAAACAUUUUCAUCUAAAGAGGAAAAUGAAUGUGAUGCUUGUUGCUCUAUUUCACUUAAUCAUCGUAUCAAAAAUUAUUUUAAAGGCCAAUAUUUUUGUUUUUUAUUGUACAUGACUUUUUCAUGAAAUCAAGUAAACAACUCUUUAAAACUGUACGUAUAAUCCACACAUGUACUCUGCUCCUGAUAACAGAUACAAAGAGCUGAGAGCACUGUGUGUUAAAUACAGAAUUGCAACUAAUAUUCCCAAUUUGGUGAUUGUAAACAUAAUACAAUAAAUAAAUGUGCAAAGAU